GGGGGGGCCGUGCCCGGCGGGAGCGGUGCCGGGAGCGGGGCCCGGGGCCUCGGCUGGGGGGCUCUGCCGCCCCUCAAUAAACACUCUGCGCCGGGCGUCUCUUGUCCCUUGCAGCACGCUGCCAGCUGGUACCUCCCUCCUUUCUGAAGCGUAACCGGGGAGGGGGUGGAAAGCAAAGAAGUUUGGUAUUUAUUUGUUUUUUCCUUCAGGCUGUGGAAGGGGGAAUUCCCUCUCCCUCCCCUCGCGGAGGGCUGCAGGACGGAGCGCGGUGGCGGAGGAGAGAGGGGCGCAGCUGGAAGCGGGCUGGCCGCAGCUCCCCCCCCCGCCGCGUACCUGGGGGUGCCGCAUGCGAGCUCUGCGGAGCUCCUCCAAGCGUAGCAGCAGCGGCUCGGCAGAUGUAGAUGCGUGUGUGUGUGUGUACUUAACCCUUUCUUGGCUCCUCGGAUUUGUACCAUGCUGAAGAUCCUCACCAAAAAGCUCAGGAACCAAAGUUUGAACGAAAUUCAACCUUUCCAGCUAAAGAUCUCCUACCCCCCAAGUGAUGAGGACAGCGAUGACUCUGAGGGAGAGAACCAGGAACUUGCUCAGAUUGACAGAGAGAGAAGACGGAAUUGUACCUUGACCCCUCUGGCCACCAACCAGCUCCAGAACCAGGAGAACCAAUGCUGCAAGGUUCGUGCCCUCUUCCACGCCAGCCUUGACCGCCACAGCUCAGAAGAGGAGCUGGAGCGUAUCAACCGAGAGUUCGCUGCUGAGAAACGGAAGUGGUCCCAGGUCAGCAGGCUUGCCUGCUGCAGUGACAGCAACAACACCUCCUCCAGUGACGAAGAAGUAAAGAACUUGUGUGCGAUGUCCUUCCGGCCUGUGGCAGAGCAGGCCGAUAGCCUGCAAGCCAGCCCGAGCCCGGUGCCGUUCAGUGCCUCCCCUCCCAAGAGACUCCAGCCCCUGGUGCGGAGCCCAGCCUCCAGACCUUUAAUCUUAACAAGUGUUGGGGCAGGCCUUGAGCAAGUCAUGCCUUGUAAGAGACAUCGGCAAGGAUACGGGGAUAAGGUCAGCAGGCCCAGCCUUGACCUGGAAAAAAUGCAGCAGAAGAUGCUGCUCAAGAAGAAUUGUGGAGCGAAGACUAGAGUUAUUAAAAUUCGUAGCAUCAAUGGGGGUCGCCCGCCGCCCCACUUUGUGUAUGAUCCAUCCACCUUUGCCUUCCGUUCCCUCAGCACCUUGAAGCCGCUGAGCCCGAUAGCUCCAGUGGAAGAACCGUCAUGUGCCUACUGAAGGAGUUUCUCCAAAAACCUCAGGAACUAUCAACCAACUGCCUGCCUGGCAGGGAGAAGGGGAGGUGGUGAUACCCAAGGGGUUGGGUGGGAGAAGAAGGGGACAAUGACACAUCUAUCUUUGCAAUACAGCCUCUCUGGCAGCAGGAAGCAUACGGCUUUCCAGCAGUGCCUGUUUUCAAACCAUUGCCAUAUCUGAAUAGUGGCAAAGGGAGAGAUUUUUUUGUCUUUCAGGGCAAAACAAACCAGUCAGGUCUACAAACUGCAAGGGCAGCCACCAAGGCAAUGUCAAGUACGGGGAUGAUGGUAGUUGAAGAUAUCCCUGAGGGGUUCAGGUGCUGGUAUGGCCUACAUGGCAGCAGGAGUGAGUGAUCGGGGUGUGAAACCAAAUCCAGUCAGUUUGCCAGGAGUAUCUGGGUCUACAGUGCUUUGCAAUAGACCUGACCCUUCUCCUACUCAGAACUGAGCUCAGGAUUGGAAACAGGGGCUAUGCAGGGCUGCCUUCAAAGAAAAAUGAUCCCUCUCUGUUUUAAUUGCAUUUACUUCAAGCUCUCUUGAGUGGAAGACCCUAGGAGAGGGAGGCGGGAGGGAGCAACUGGCACAUCUAGCUUUAUGUUCUAGCUGGUCUGCUGGCAACUUUGUGAUACCGUCUAAAAUGGGAUUGACAUGGGAGGCAUGAGCAUCCCACUUGUAGAUUGGGGGUUAGAAUAAAAUUCUAGAAUGAAAGGUCUGUGUUCAUCCAUCCAAGAAAACACAAUGGCCGCCCUCAGUCCUCUCAGCAUCAUCAGAGAGAAGAAUUUGGGGGUGACUGUGUGCUCUUGGGUCUCCUCUCUGAUGAGGCUGUCUGUGUGCUGGGAUAUGCAGCACUUCUCAUAGCAUUGUCCUAAUACCCUGCUGCCCUCACAUGAUGCUGAAAGUAACUGGUAUCACCAAACUCCAUCAGAUCUAAUGUCUCCAUCAAGAUUUCCACUCCCCUGUUAUGCUGGCUAUUAAAUUCAGGUAGACUCUCCUUGUAUCAGUGGAACAGGUAUUCCCAGAUGUAGCAUGGAGUGAGAGAAAGGUCUCUGUGUUGUGGCCACUUGGUGGUGGAAGAAACAGUAAGGGAGGUUGGGUGAAACUGUGGGACAUUUCUCCAUAAACAGUCCUAAGGCAGCGAGGACCAUGCUAGGCCUUGCUACAACUGGAGUUUGACUGGGCCUUGAGGCGUGUAUGUGUUUUGUGUCACAAGGCAACAGCUAAUAGAACAAGCUCUCACCUCUCUUGGUGAGGCAAAGGAACAAGGCAUUUCCCCUUGCUGCACCUCUUUGUCUAGGUGUUCCCCACCUUGAGCCUGCAUCUGGCUGAGUGCGAGGGGGAGCGAGUAGUUCACUUCUUGUCUGAAUCAAGAGGGGCAACUGUCAGUAAUAUAAAAUAAUUUUUAUUUUUAAAUCUGUUCCAGUGUGGAGGUCUUUGAUGCCACUCUUUGGAUGAGACCAAUGGUCAGUCCAGCUGCCAGUAGGAGACCACACAGUGAACCAGCUUUCGCUGGUGCUUUCUGGGCCCUUCACUGAGACCCUUGGGGAAAGCCCAAAGGCCAUGUAGGCCUGGGGACCUCAAUCCCCCACCCCUACUCUCCGCUCUCCCCAGCUGCCUCUCACUCAGGCAGGCAGAGCUGCUGGGCAAGGCGGUGAGGGGACAUCUGUCCUGAUGCUGCCCCAGCUCUGCCUGCGCUUUGGCUCCAGACUGUCACAGCUGGGCCACCCCCUGCACCGCCACCACCUCCGAGGGGUUGCUUGCGUUUGCUAGUGAGGUACCUCUGGCAGAGCAUUGUCUUUCCCUGCAAGAAGCCCCUUCUUCCAACAGAGGCUGAUUCCUUUGCCAAUUCCUCCCGCCCCUGUAGAGAAUCUGCUUAUCUUGUUUUGAUGGCACGCCUCGGCUUUUUAACUGCUGCCAGAUCAAGCUGACCAGCGCAGGACGGAAAGUGUUGCCCCUUUGGACCAAACCCCUGUGCUCAGGAGAAGGGACAGCCUUUGCCUGGUACCUGUCUGAAGAGGCACGUUCCCCGUGGAGGUGGUUGGGGUGGCAGUCCCCGCGUGGGCGUGCGCCCCCAGGCUUUGCUCAGUGAGAGCUGCCGAGGUGCUUGGCCCCAGAGAUGUGUUUCUGCCAGCCCGUGGGUGCGGCAGGCUGCCUUCCCCCAGGGUGGGAGCGGGGAACGGGGAUGUCCUGCCGGUAUCGUUGCCUUUUAGUACUUUUGUAACUUUUCUCUGUUUUUUUCAAUCAGAAGGAAAAAUAAUAAUAAUAAUAAAAAAAGAAACAACAAUGAAAUAAAGUGUAACAGCUGCUAUAUUCACA